AUGGCUCGAUGCCUAAAUUCAUACGCUCAGAAAGCCAUGCAUGAAGAGCAUUACGAAGAAGAUGUUGAUGACGAAGAUUUGGAUGAUGACGAUGUUGAUGGGUAUGAAGGACUCAGUGACUACGAUGAAGAUGACAUACCUGGAUCCUCUGGCUACGGAAGCCACAGUUUUGGCAAUACUGGGAGUGAGGGCAAAAGUGCUGACUUGCGGCGCCAGAGAUCUAUCAGCGAAGGUGGUGCUGUGUACUGUAUCGAGGCUGGCGAAGACAACAGACGGGAUCAUCACAACCAACUUGAACGUAAAAGACGUGCAAGCAUCAAAACAAGUUAUAAUGACCUUCGAGAAGUUAUCCCGGGGUUACGAGGAUCGAAAGCAUCCAGGGCAGUUAUACUACAGCGCGCAGUUGAGUGCAUCGAAGAGUUGGUCAAAUUGAAUCGUGACCAUACUGUUUGUGUUGAGACGCUGAAACGGCAGAACGACCUGUUGGAUUCUCGAGUUCAAGAGCUCCAACGUUUGGUGCAGCGAAUGGAUGGCGAAGAGGCGUGCAACACUCCAACAUCAAGUUCUUCUUUUACUAACAAUGUUUCUCCGAAUAAUAAUGUCGCCCUUCGAUUAAUAUCACCAACAGCUUCGGGUGUCCCAAUGUAUCGCUGUAUGUCUCAAGAUCCACUCCAGUCAUCUACAUCAACAGAAUGUCCCGGAACUGCUUCUGGGACAGAAUAUGUAUCGUCUAGUCAUCCAUCUGUUCUUCAUUCACAAAAACCUGUUCUGUGCACUAUGGCAAAUUAUUCUCCUUCUGCGCUUGGCCGUGCUAACACAGUAAUGCAUUUCGUUACUAACACGAGUGCCAUAAAUUCAGUCGGGGGACAGGCGACCGACAGCAACACCACGAGCCUAGUUUCUAGUUCACAUUCUGCAUUUUCCCCUUCUGUUUCCUCGUCUGAUGGAUCCAGUACUGGACCUGCACGAUCCAUCUCCCAGCGGUCUAGUCCUGGUGGGUUGUCAUCUUCGUCUAAUACUUCAUCUAACCCGACAUCACGGCAAUCCUUUAGGACAGAUGAUGACUACUCAGCAGUUUCGAGGGAAAUAAAUUCGACUGGGUCGUUAGAAAAUAUCUCAACAUCCGCGGAUGGUACCAUACAUUCAAACAUCAAACCAGUUCGUCAACAGUCGCGUUCAUCUUCUAGUCCUUCACGUUCUUCUCCACCGCCGAUUUUAUCGACUGUACCAAAUUUGUUACCCGCUUAUCGUAAAUCAGAUUCUCCUAUACAUUCAUCACACUCACUAAACUCAGGAAGUUGCAAUUCGCAAGGGAAUUUAGGCGGAAAAUCUAAGCGUCGCAAAUUUAGAUGA